CUGCAGACACGUUAUUACAGGGAUAUGGGUUGCAGACAAGGUGGAAGUGGCAGAGCAAGAUCCGAUUAAUGCGUAUAACAGGUAACACCCUGCACAUCCACCCUCUGACACACCGGACAUGCGAACAAACGAUCAGACAGAGCAGCAGAGCAGCCACCUCGGCACCAAAGCCUCACUCAAGCAGAGUAUGAAGACAACCAUUUAUGGACAGUGAUUAUGUGUAAUUUCAAAGAAAACACCAGUGGCAUAGAAGGAAUUAAAGGAUUGAGAAAUCCUUAAGAACUAUUUGGUUGUAUUUCUCAACUGGUGAAAAAUGUCCUUCUACACCAUGGAGGUCCUGGAGAAGGAAAAACAAACGAGGAGAGUAGAAUCAAUCCUAUUUGAGACAGACGGACAAGAGGAAGACAAGAUGCUGGAUGAUGAGGGAUGGAGCUGUGCAUGGAGACAGGGGCUCCCCGUGUCCGUGCUCACGACGUUCAUGUUGCUUCUUCUAGUAGACUUUGCUGUUGGAGUGGAAGGCAUGGGGAGGCGUGGCAAAAGCAGCAGCAUGCUCGCUGAGGAGAGCCCCAGACCUUCGGACUUGUGGGAGUGCACCGAGUCAAUUUUCUUCAGCACUCUUGCAGGGAGUGGCUAUGGACUGGCAGUGGGAGCCGGGGCUGUGGUGGCCAUUUGGAUUGCCGAAGCCUUGUCUGCAUCCAGUGGCCUGGUGGCAGUGGUGUGGCAGGUGCCCCUGCUGGGACUGUUCACGGGCGCGGGGGCAGGAGCUCUGGAUGGAUUGGACAUGCUUUCGGAAUGCAUUGGGCAAGAAACCCUGUGCGAAGCAGCCAGAGGUGGGCUAAUGGGCAUUUGGGUGGGGGUGAAGGUGGCUGUAGUAGGAGGGGCCACCAUUGGGGCCACCAUGUGUGUUGUGUCUGCAGUGGCCAUGAGGAACGUGGUGAGAGGAGGGCACCUGAGGCUGGCGCCGCUUAUGGCUGUCUCAGCAGCUGCCGGGGCCUUCACAGUAAUGCUGAGCUGGGCCCCCGACACCAUGGCCAUUGGGUGCUUUUUGGGGGCCCUUUUAGGGUCGACCCAGGACCCAGCUGUCUUGAAAACCCUGGGGCUCCUCGCUGUGGGGGGCUGUGCGGGUGUUAAAGGGCUAAGGAGUCCCUGUGUGUAUCCUCGGGUGGGGUCCUGGUGGCUACAGAUGCUAAACAGAGGUCUGGUGGGCGCUGGGGGGGCUGUAUUUUUGGCGGCCAUUUUAGGAUUUCCCCUUAGGCCGUUCCCUGUCCUAGUAAGAAUUUCAGUGGGGGCUGCGAUGGCAUUUUCGGUAUGGUGGAUGGUGGACAGCCUGUGCCACUCAGCUGCCACAGUGAUGAUUGGGGUAUUAAGCAUCAGUGCCCAUUACGAGCAUGGAGAGUCUGGAGGAUAAAUGACAACUUAGGUUCCUGGUCUGGGGAAUACGGAAGCCCUGAAGGGCAAAACACACCAGCAAAUACAAAUACACAACAGCAAAUAAGAAAAUAUGCCAACAAACGGGGGGCAGUGUGUGGCUCAGUGGGCUAAGCCU